AUCAUAUCAAAUGCUCUUGAUGUACUAAACUGUACUCGAAUGAUUUAAAUUAUAAAUGUCUAAAUUAAUUUUUUGCGCACUUUGAGACUUACCGAUUCCUCAACGAUUACGACUAUUCAGUAUUCAGAAAUCGUGGGAUUCUUCGUGACCCACUGGUUAAAGCAUAGAACAAUACUGUUAAGAAGUUAGGGACUAUCUGCCCAAGUUCAUGGUUAUAAGGUAGUACUAUAAGGAUAUCAGUUGUCUAAAGGAUUUAUUUAGACGCAAAAUCUGUCUGUUUGUAAAAUUGUUUAGCCACAGUCAAUUAUAAUCGGUCAUAUCAAUUAUGUUCAAAAACGAAUUUCGCAUCAAAUCGAAUGCUGCACUAAAAGGCGCGGAUCAAAAAAAACUCAAAUCAACCAUUUGCAAAUGUUUUAACUUAACCAAUGAAAUGCUGGAUGAAUUUUUAAAUCAUAAACAAUUGUCACUAUUGAAAGUUAUAACCUGCACCAAUGACAUAGUCAAGAUUUAUUGUGCCCAAGAAGUUGCGUUAGUUUUUGAUUUUAAAGGCAAAUAUUAUCCAACAUUAUUUAUGGUUUGGUCAUUUCCUCACAUAGUCCCCAGAUUAAUAUUACAUGAGAAUUUCAAAUCCAAACUCAGUUCACCAUCAGAACUAACUAUAAAAGAUUUAACUUUUGUAAAUAAUGAUCAUACACUAGUCCCGUUGCUUGUUGAUCAGUGUGUGAGUAUAUGUACCAACUCAUGUGAAAAAAUUGUUGCAAUUGGAUACUUGAUACUUGAUGGAAAUAGUAUAAUAAACCAUGAAAAGAACAAAGAUAUCUGUUUAAAAGUGUUACAUUAUCACAAAGAUGAACUUUUUAAAUCUAACAUAUUAAACAUUAUGCCUGAUGUAGUUUUAAUGAUUGAACGUUCUUUUAAAAAUGCUCCUGAAUUAAAUGAUGAUAUACCAACUCAGUUAGAAGAUACCCGAACUGUUACUGAAAAAAUGGAUGAAUUGCUAAUGACAUGUUCACUAAAAGCAUUAAAACAUUGUAUUAAAAAAGAAAUGCUGCCAAUUUUAGCUAGUACAUUCUAUAAGAAAUAUGUAUUGUCAUUUUGUCCUGAAGGAAUAGAACUUGAUAUUAAAAAAACUAGUUUUAAAAAGUUAACAACGUUUUUACAGUUAUUGGAUGUAGAAGGUAUAAUCAAAUUUAAUGUUGGUAGUAAUGGUAUUGCUGAAAUAACCCAGGUCAUUCAUAGUAAUAGAAAAUUUCAAGAAAUAAAUAUAGAAGAAAAUUCUGAGUUGAAAGAAAAUGAUGAUCAAUAUACACCUCCAGUAAAAGAGAUUUAUAUAGUCACACCAGGAUUAUAUCCUAUAUUUUCAGAAUUUCUUUGUCGGAAAGGAGAUGAAUUACCAUUAUCAUCUAUUCGAAGAUAUAUUACAGAAUAUAUUAAGAAAUAUGAACUACAAGAUAAAACGGACCCUUCGGUAGUAAAUACAAAUGAUGUCUUAAAAAAAAUAUUAUCUCAAAGAAAAGAAAAAUCUUCAAUAACCUUCAAAGAUUUAAUUGAAGAAGUGACAAACAUAAUGCAUCGGACUGAAAUAUCAGUUCUGAAUACUGAAACAAAAAAAAACUUAAAGAAAAAAAUUAAUAAUAUUGAAAUGACUGUUAAUAAUCGAAGUGGUAACAAAAAGGUGACUCUAGUUAAUAAUUUAGAACUAUAUGGUGUCGAUGUUUUAAAAUUUAGUAAAGAAUGUCAACAUGGUGUAGCUGCCAGUACAACUAUUAAUGAUAUACCAAAUGCACAAAAUAGACAAGUCCAAAUUCAAGGCUCUCAAGUUCUUUUUGUGUAUAAAUUAUUAACAGAUCAAUAUAAAAUUCCUGUUAAAUUUAUAAGAGGACAUGAAACUUAUAUCAAGAAACAAAAAAAAUAAUUAUUUUCUUUUAAAUUCAAUAAAAAAAAAUGUAUAAACAACCGUUUUCUUAUUAAUUUAUUUUCUACUUUUAAAACUAUGAAAUGAGUUAUUGAUUACUAAUAAUAUUAGUUACCUUUUACUUGUAUUAUAAUAAUAUUAAUUACAAUUCUAAAAAUAACCAGUCACUAUAUUUAUUAAGCAUUAAACAUAUUAUAAUGUUAAUAAUUAAAUUAUUAAAUAUAUAUAAUUAUUUCUCCUAACACUAAACUUUACCAAUAAAAAACAAUUUUAAAAGUACUAGGUUCUUCAUUUUUUUCUGUUUUCAGUUUAUUUUUUUUUUUAUAUAAUUAUUAUUUAUAAUUAGUCUGUUAUAAAAAAAUCAAUAUUCAAACUACUGUGCCACAUUUAGAAAAUGGAAUAAAACAAAUUCAAUACGUAGAUAACUAACGUAAUGAACACAUCAAAACAAGUUUCUUACAUACUAUAGUAUUUAGUAAAAUAAAGGAAAAUUAAAUUGGGUUGAUGUAAUCAGUAUAAUAUAUAAAUGCAUGUACAGGAAAUUGUAUUGUAUUCAUCAUAAUAUUAUUAUGUAAUUCAUAUGUUUGUUUGAUAGUUUAAUAUUAUUUUAUACACUACCACUUACCAAUAGAAUUAUAACCAUGCUAAUAACUUUUAAAUAAAAAAUAAAACUUUAACAUAGGUACUUGAUUAUUUAAAAUAUAUUUUAGACUGUGCGGUGAAUCUAAAGAGCAGCAAUGAAUGUUCUUUUUUGUUUUGUAUCUGUCAUUACUUAUCACUUUUUGGUGAAGAAAAGUGCUUAAAUCUUCAACAUUUUUCUGAUUACUGGUGGGAAAUUGGAUCUAUUUGGUACUUUGUGGGAAUGUGGUAUUGGGUGGAAGCUAAAAUUAAAAAUUCUUAAUACUUAUCAAAGUAGUAGUGGAAAACUAAAUAAAAUGAAGGAAAAACAGGAGUCUUAUUUUAGGUACUCAAUACCGGUUUUUGACAAAAUUAUUUUUGUAAUUCUUGGAAGUAGGUACUGGAAAUUGUUAUUAAAUAUAUGACAUAUAUAUUUAUAGACAUAAUAUAAGUUUAAUAACUUGCAGCCCUUUUUAUGUUGUUUGUUAUAAACUAUUACUACAUUCUAUUUUUCUCUAUCGAUUUAUGUUGAUAACAUUUUUCUGAGUCAACUUAAUACUUGGUUCCUCUCAAAGAUUUUUUAAUUAACCUAAACUAAAAUAAUUAUUUAUUAAAAAUAAAUUUUAAUUUCUCUUCAAAAUUAAAACUAUUAUAUUUAUUUAUAUUAUAUUAUGGACUGUCUAAAAUUAUCAGAACAUAUUUUUUGUAUCACUAGAUAGGUAGUAUAUACUGUCAUUGUAAAUUUAUACUGUGGUGUAAAUAAGAAUAAAGUAAAUAAAUU